AUGCUUGGCGGCGGCAGCGGGGAGCGUCUGUGCACGCCAAGCACUUCGGCCGGUCCCUUCCGCAUCUUCUCCGUGGCCGGCUUCCAGAAUCGGGCCAAUGACAUCGUCUACUGUCCGCCGAUUGUACGCCAGCAGGCGCAGCACGUCCCCGAAGACUCCACGGCCAUCAUCUACUUUGGUGGCGACGUCCAAGACUUUCCGGAGAGCAUGGAGACGAACCGCGACAGCAGGGGCUACAUGAAGUACAACCUUGAGAACUCGGCCAUCUUGCUGCGCGAGGCAUUCCCCAGGUCGCACAUCAUCGUUAUCCGGCCAGUUCGCAUGGAGUUUAAGACAUUCAGCUGCUUUGACAACUUUGUGAGGGGCAACAAUGCUGGUGUUCCGGAUCAUACUCCAAUGAAUCAUGCCCUACAGCACCUGGAAAAGUUGCUACAAAACCUAUCGCAACGCCUGAUCUCCAUACCCGAGAACGAGAUACUCGAUCAAGCGGCUCAGGCGGCGGCAGCUGCGGCGGCUGUGGCUGCUGCUGCUGCGGCCGCUGCUCUGACCCUCUCCAACGCCACCGUCAACGCGGAGUCCAACUCGCAGUCCUCACCGGGCAAUGACAGCAGCCAGGACAUGGACAUUGAUAUCCUGCAGGUGCAGGAGAACGUCACAGUUGAUGCGGACGGUGCGGUUAUCUUUCCGAUUGUCGGAAGCGAUGCGGCCGAGUUGGUGAACAAUGUCACCGGAAAUAAUGGCAACAGCCACCAGGAGCAGGUCAACAACCACCAGGAACAGGCCAACAAUCAGGCACAGAACGCGGCGGCCAUCAAGAUGGCUUCAACAACAACCACAUCCAACAAUAUCGAGCACCAGAACAAUGAUUGCAGCACGGGGCAGACGAGGCAGGCUUCAGUUGUCAGUGCGAGCCCAGCAGCCACUACUUCGGGCGCAACGGCAACGGUCACCAGUGAUAGCAAUCCGUUGUGGUGGCGGGAGAACCUAAACCUGGACAAGUCGAAGCUAGUUCUGAUUGGCUUCAGCAAGGGCUGCGUCGUUCUCAAUCAAUUCAUCUACGAGUUCCAUUAUCUGAAGACUCUAACGCCCGAUGACAGCAGCAUGUGUCGGCUGCUCUCACGCAUCUCGGACAUGUAUUGGCUCGAUGGCGGCCACGGAGGGCAGAAGAACACAUGGAUCACAUCGCGCAGCCUGUUGGAGACACUCACGCGCAUGGGCAUGAACAUCCACGUCCAUUUGACGCCCUACCAGGUGCAGGACGAUCGGCGCCCGUGGAUUCGGAAGGAGGAGAAGCUGUUCACAGAGAUGCUGAGGCGGCUGAAUGCGCCGAUCACGCGGCACUUGCACUAUGACAACCAGCCGGCCAAUCUAAUGACCCACUUCGAGGUGCUCCAAGCCUUCUGCCAGCAUGUCCACGCUCUCAACCAGCAGGUACAGCAGCAUCAGCAGCAACAGCAACAGAUCCAGCAGCAGCAGGGCGUUGGAGGUGGUGGCAUCAACGAUCAGUCAGCGUCUACAAAUAAUGGAAGCAACAGUAUCCUGGAGGCCAGCGAGGAGGCAAAGUGACAGCUUCAACUGCAUCCGCAUCAUCACAGGCGUCGCUUGCACGCAAUGCGCAAGGGAACUGCCGCUUUGAAGCGCCAGCAGGUCGCCCAGCUGCGCCAGCACCAUCGGCAGCUGCUGGCCAACACUCCGGAGCUAGCGCUGGCCUCCACCUCCUCCUCGCGCAUAGCUGCAGCACUGAUCUCCUCGGCGGUGGCAUUGAGCGCCUCAUCCGCGAGCAUUGUAAAUAAUCAUCAUCACGGCCAUAUGCAACAACAACAACAACAACAAAACCAACAACAGCAGCAACAAAACCAGCCACAACAACAGCAGAUUCGCCAUCAUCCGCACUCGCCACACCAGCAACUGCAGUCGCACCGUCACCACCAUCAUCAUCACUCGCACCACCACCAUCACCACCACAGUCACAGUAACAGCCACAGCCACAGCCACUCGCAGCACCACCAUCACCAUCAGUGUCGCUCGAAACGCAAACUGCAGAAAUUGUAUUAUACGCUUUGCCGUUAGAUCUGUAACUUAACUUUAUAUAUGUAUACUUGUAUGAGAGAACGUUUCUUAAAACCACCAACCAUCACAGGCACCCUCAGCUAGUUAUAGUCGAUUCGCCCCUUACGAAGUCAUGUCUAUUUUAUUUUCUGUGUUUUUUGUACAUGUAUUUAUUUAUUCCCAUCUCUGUGUUUCACCAAUAUCUCAUUUUUACAAUUGGCCCAAAAUUGAAACAAAAAUCUCAUCAGUGCAAUAAUACACAUAUACAAACCUCUAUAUCUAAUAUAUAUAUUUUUAUAUAUAUUCUUAUAUUUUUUUAAUCCCAUCUUAUGUAUACAAACACUCCAAGCUAGUUAUUUAUAAUUGGAUAAUAUUUGUGAUUUACGCACAUUAUGUAAACUUCGUAAAUUAGCGUGACUCAAGCAAUUUUCGUUUUAAGUACCACCAAUUUAAAUUUACUCCCCUCCCCCAAUGAAUUUAACUAUCAUUCGCACAGUCGCAUCAACCUAAUCCCUAAUCAGUCUAGACCACACACGCCCCCACUAAAUCCUAAAAUGAUUAAGUAUUACUUAGCGUUAAUAAGAUAUACUUUAAGUGUCAACUGGCAAGAAGAACCGACGACAAAACAAAUAGUACUUUAUUUAGAGCGAUCUACAGAUCAAAUUUGUGAGGCGAGGAGUCGAUCCACGUCUCCACGCCCCAUACGAAGUAGUGUACGUAUGUAGUUUUCUUCUGAUUGUGCUGGACAAGUCAAAUAAGUACUCAAUGCGAAUAAAGUAAGGUUCAAGAUCGAUAAAUAAUUGAUAAAUAAAUGGCGCGCGUUCCUUAUACUAUAUAUCAAUGGGGAGCUAAUUACUGCUUCCGCUUAUUCAACAGACAAGACAGAGAGACGGCUCCAGACUAGACUAUAGCUGGGAUUAAUUACACAAAAUUUCGUACCUUUGUAGAAUUUGCAGUUCAAAAUUGCUUUAAAGUUUGUCAGUGUCAGUGUAAAUUUUACGGCUUAAAAUUCACAAAACAUAAAAAUUGUAGACAAGAAUCGCGUAAAUUAAAAACUAACAGUCGCUCUUGCAUAUAUGUAUGUAGAUAUUAAUUGAACAUUAUAAAUGAAAACGCUCCGAAUUUGAAACCAAAAACAAAAAAAGUUCUAAGAAAGUCAAGCAAAGUAAUCGACUAAAAGAGUUCCCAAUGUAAAUUCUACUACUGAUUUAUGUGAGUCUGGUAAUAAAACGAUUAAGCAUUAAAA